CUUAAAGCUAGAAUGUGAAAAACUGGCCAGUGAGAAGACAGAGAUGCAGCGACAUUAUGUCAUGUAUUACGAGAUGUCCUAUGGCCUGAAUAUAGAGAUGCAUAAACAGGCAGAAAUUGUCAAGAGGCUGAAUGCUAUAUGUGCACAAGUCAUUCCCUUCCUGUCCCAAGAGCACCAGCAACAAGUGGUGCAGGCUGUGGAGCGUGCCAAGCAAGUGACCAUGGCAGAACUGAACGCAAUCAUUGGG